UUGUGUAGAACUAGAAAUAGGGUUGGUAGUUGGUACUUACGUAGAUGGGUAGGUUUGUGUAAACACUACAGUGUAACUUAAAAAAUUGAUUUUGAAGAAACUUCAACGGACUCUUCGAAAUAGAUUACAUUCAAAGAAACAUUGUAGAAUAAAUAUGAAUGAAAAUAUAAAUUUGCAGUGAAAGGGAAAUAUAAUAAUUUGAAUCUCUAGGUUUUGGUCACCAAACUAGUCAAAUGGAGCCUGAAAAAACUGAUACUGAUUUGCCAGUAAAAUUCGCAAACCUAGAUUUAAUGGAGACUGGCGACUCAAUCGCUAAAAAAAACGUGACCGAAUUAAACUCCAGGGUAUUAAGAAAAAGAAAGCAAUCAUCACCUGAAGCCAAUAAAACAAUGAAUCGUAGAGUUAGCAUGCGACCGCGCAAAAAUAAUAUCCUCACAGAAAAUACAAAUCCAAAGCAAAUUGAAGCAUUAUACCUCAAUAAGAAAAUUAAAAAUGUAAGUCAAACCUUAGAAACUAUAUAUGAGGAACCUAAAUCAAGCAGUUCUAACUCAAAGAACACUGGAAGGAAAGUGAAAAGACUGCUAACAUUUCAAAGCCAAUACUCAAAAGAGAAGAUUAAGAAGCGAAGAGCUAAAAUAAAGAAGUUAUUGGGUAAUAAAACAUUCCUUAAUAGAAAGAAGAUUUCUAUGAAAGUUUUCCUAAAAAAUAUUGAAUGUUUGGAACUUGAUGAAGUUACACAUUCAGAAAAUCAGGUCUUAGAAAAUGGUGCAGUAUGAUACAUAAUUGUAUUCACAUGUUUAAGAAAAUAAGCCAUAUAUAUUUUAUUGAUUUAUUAACUGAUGCUCAAAUUGGCAAUACACAUAAUAUCAAGUUAGCAUUCUAUCCCAAUUAAUGAAGUAUUAAGUAAUUUAUUAUUAUUCUAGACAUUCCGAAACAAGUAUUUUAGUAUAAUUAAUUUUUAUUUGUAGUUUAAGUAAUAACUUAGACUAAAAAUCCAUUAUUUGAUUAUAGCUUAUAAAUAUAAUUGAAAGAAUUUUUAAA